AUGUCCACUACUCCAACCACAGAAGCUGCUCAACAAGCCAUCGAUUUAAAAAAUGAAGGUAAUAAAUACAUUAAAGAGAAAAAAUACACAAAAGCUGUCGAAUAUUACACAAAGGCUAUCGAACUUGACUCCACACAGUCAAUUUUCUUUUCUAAUAGAGCAUUAGCCCAAUUGAAACUAGACAAUUUCCAAAGUUGUCUAGAUGAUUGUAAUAGUGCCCUGGAAUUGGAUCCUAAGAAUAUUAAAGCUUAUCAUAGACGUGGGUUAUCACAGUUAGGUUUAUUGCAUUUUAAGAAGGCAAAGAAUGAUCUUUCUAUUGUGUUAAAGGCUAAGCCUAGUGAUGCCACUGCCAAGAGAGCUUUGGAUAUGUGUGAAAAAGUCAUUAGAGAGGAAAGAUUUAAGAAGGCCAUUGGCGGCGAUGAUACUGAUAGAGUUAACCCAUGUCAAGUGCUUAAUCUUAGCUCAUUUGAUGCUAAUUCUGAUUUGGUUAAAUAUGAAGGUCCAAUAUUGGAUUUUGAACAACUGUAUGUCGAUGAAAACGGUGACAAAUCAACAAGUGUAGGUGGCGUAGCUAUUAAGAAUAUGUCACAAGAGUUUAUUUCCAAGAUGGUUAAUGAUGUCUUCUUGAAAGGGAAAAACAUUCCAAAGAAAUACGCUGCUGCUAUUAUUUCUCAUGCUGACAGAUUAUUCAGAGAUGAACCAAGUCUUGUCGAACUGUCAAAUAACAAACAACAAGACAAUGAUGAGGAUGCUAUGAAGAUUUCUGUUUGUGGUGAUACUCAUGGUCAAUUUUAUGAUGUUUUAAAUAUAUUCAAGAAAUUCGGUAAAGUUGGCGAGAAACAUACAUACUUGUUCAAUGGUGAUUUUGUCGAUCGUGGUUCUUGGUCAUGUGAAGUGGCAUUGUUGUUUUAUUCUUUGAAGAUUUUAUUCCCAAAGAAUAUUUUCUUGAAUAGAGGUAAUCAUGAAACAGAUAAUAUGAACAAAAUGUAUGGAUUUGAAGACGAAUGUAAAUAUAAAUAUUCCCCACGUAUCUUCGAAAUGUUCUCUAGGAGUUUUGAAAGUUUACCAUUAGCUACUUUAAUUAACGAUAACUAUUUGGUUAUGCACGGUGGUUUACCAAGUGAUACAUCUUUGACUGUUGAUGAUAUUAGAAAAAUUAAUAGAUUUACUCAACCUCCAAGGGAAGGUUUAUUUAUGGAGUUACUUUGGUCUGAUCCACAAGAAAAGGAUGGAUUUGGUCCUUCACAACGUGGGUUAGGUUUCUCAUUUGGUUCGGAUAUUACUAAGAAUUUCUUAGAGAAAAAUAAACUACGCAAAAUCUUCAGAUCCCAUGAGGUUAGGAUGAACGGUAUUGAAUUCGAGCAAAACGGUAACUUAGUAACAGUAUUCAGUGCUCCCAACUAUUGUGAUUCUCAAGGUAAUAUGGGUGGUAUCAUCCACGUUGUACCAGGUAAAGGUAUAAUUGCCCAAAAUGGUAAUGAUGAUGAUGAUUUAUUGAUUGAAACUUUCAAAGCUGUUGAACAUCCAGCAGUUAAACCUAUGGCAUAUUCUAAUGGUGGAUUAGGUUUCUAG